GGUUCGGUUGGAGGCGCGCGCUCGUUCAAAACACCAAACACAAGACAAGUAAAGUCGUUGCAACGCGAAGCAGUAUAAACCAAAACACAGCUCUAAGCAGAGAAGUUCGUUCUCUGCGCGCGCCAAAAAGGAAAAUCCCACAACAAAAAAGAAAUAAAUAAAAAUAAAUUUCGUCCUUACCUAUUAUUUGUUCCGUGUAUAUUAACGUUUAUACCCCGUCGUGCCUGUGUCCAAGUGUUUGUAAUAACUGUAAAAAUUAAAGUGUUGAAAAAAUAAUGCAUCAGCAAAGGAUUAAUAAAAUAAUAACUGUUUCAAUCUGACAAAAACUACACAAAAAAAGAGUGAAAUACACAAAAACUCAGAAAGGAGUAGCAGCAAGCAGUGGAGCAACGGAAGGAGAGACAUUCAGUGUUUACCGUUGUCUUUUACCAUCCACAUCUCCGACCCGCAUUCGUGUGCGGUGGUCCCCUCCGGCCUCCUCAUGAAAUGCAAAAGUUGGUCCAAUAAAUUCAACAAUUUCGUCGUACGUCGAUUCAAGGCGUCAAUAAAGAGUAACGGUACGCAACACCAGCAGCAGCAGCUUCAGCCCUGCAGCGGGGCCAGCAUUGCAGCGGCCUCCAUCGUCUCGGCUGCAGCUUCAAGCAGCAGCAGCAGCAACAGCGGUUGCAGCAGCAUUGAACAGACACAUACGUCGGCGCAGCAACAGCAACCGUUCAACAUUGCUGCCACAACAGCAACGACACCAGCGGCUACCAUGCCGGCGGCAAUGGCCAAGGAGAAAGCCACAACGCCAGUGUCCUUAAGCGAAUCGAAUUUCGAAUUGAAACUAAAAGAGUAUCACGUCGCCAUGGCCGCCACCACAGCGGCGUCCCGAUUGCAACAGAACACGUGCGGCUGUGGGGUAGCUUCUGCCACCACUAUCGGCAGCGGCAGUGUCACAAAAACGAUGUCGACAAAAACAGAGAACAACAACAACAGCCGCUAUGGCACCAGCAACAAGUAUCUGACAAACGGCCACACAUCGCCACUGGCGGCAGCGGUGGCCAGCAACAGUUCGUCUGUUGCCUCAACGCCGCAGUGCAGCAAAGCUUGCUGUCGGAAUCAGUACCAGAAUGGAAUCUGCCCGGAAUUGAGGCAGCAGGACAUACUGGACAUGUUGCAACAGCAGCAGCAACAGCAACAACAACAGCAGCAGCAACAACAACAGCAACAGCAGCAGAAUCCUCCGCCCCGUAGAUCCCCAAAUGAUUUCAUCUUUGGUCGCUACAUAGGAGAGGGAAGCUUCAGCAUGGUCUACCUGGCGGUGGACAUUCACUCGCGACGCGAGUAUGCAAUUAAAGUCUGCGAGAAGCGCCUGAUCCUGCGGGAGCGGAAACAGGACUACAUUAAGCGGGAGCGCGAGGUGAUGCACAUGAUGACCAGUGUGCCCGGCUUCGUGAAUCUCUCGUGCACGUUCCAAGACCAGCGCUCCCUCUACUUUGUGAUGACAUACGCCCGCAAGGGCGACCUCCUGCCGUACAUCAACCGCGUGGGCAGCUUCGAUGUAGCCUGCACUCGUCACUAUGCCGCCGAGCUGCUGCUCGCCUGCGAGCACAUGCACCGCCGCAACGUCGUCCACCGCGACCUGAAGCCCGAAAACAUCCUGCUCGACGAGGACAUGCACACUCUGAUCGCCGACUUUGGCUCGGCCAAGGUGAUGACACCGCGCGAGCGUGCCUUUGCCUCCGAGCACUGUGCGGAGACGCGGCGAGGCAACUCGGACGACGAUGACGAGGACAGCGACAAGCUGGACUACGAUGACGAGGAGUAUUACGACAAGGAUUCGGAGCUAGAUGAUGGCGAUGAUGAUCAGCAGCACACAGCCGAUGAGAUGGACUCGCCACGGCAUCGCCAGCGUCGCUAUGCGCGGCGUCGCAAGGGCAGCUUCGUGGGCACCGCCCAGUACGUGUCUCCGGAGGUUCUGCAGAACGGCCCCAUCACGCCCGCCGCCGAUCUGUGGGCAUUGGGCUGCAUCAUCUACCAAAUGAUCUCGGGCCUGCCGCCCUUCCGUGGCAGCAACGAUUAUGUCAUCUUCAAGGAGAUCCUCGACUGCGCCGUCGACUUCCCCCAGGGCUUUGACAAGGAUGCCGAGGAUCUAGUCAGGAAGCUGCUCAAGAUCGAGCCCCGCGACCGCCUCGGUGCCCAGGAUGAGUUCGGCUACUACGACAGCAUCCGUGCCCAUCCCUUCUUCGCCGGCGUCAACUGGGAAACACUGCGCCAACAGACCCCUCCUCCCAUCUACCCCUACCUGCCCGGCGUCAGCCUGGAUGAGGACUUCCGCUCCAGCUACAGUGUGCCCGGAGACCUGGAGCCAGGACUCGAUGAGCGCCAAAUCACCCGCCUGCUCAGCGCCGAGCUGGGAGUGGGAAGCAGCGUGGCCAUGCCCGCCAAACGAUCCACGGCCAAGAAUUCCUUUGACUUGAGCGAUGCCGAGAAGCUGCAGCGUCUGGAGCAGCAGAAGACUGACAAGUGGCAUGUGUUUGCCGACGGUGAGGUGAUCCUCAAGAAGGGAUUCGUGAACAAGCGCAAGGGUCUGUUUGCCCGCAAGCGAAUGCUCCUGCUAACGACUGGACCCCGCCUCAUCUACAUCGAUCCCGUGCAGAUGAUCAAGAAGGGCGAGAUCCGCUGGAGUCCAGAGCUGCGAGCCGAAUACAAGAACUUCAAAAUCUUCUUUGUCCAUACGCCGAGUCGCACCUACUACUUGGACGAUCCCGAAGGCUAUGCCAUCCACUGGUCCGAGGCCAUAGAGAAUAUGCGAAAACUGAGUUACGGCGACUCUACCUCCUCAUCCGCCUCCUCCUCAGCGUCGACUUCGUCGGCGGGGGCCACCACCAUAUCCUGCUCGAGCGGCAGCAGCAUAAGUCUGGCCGUGACCGCCGCCCACUCGGUUUCAUCCGGCGCCUCCUCAAACAGCUCACCAACGGCGCGACGCAGUUCGCCUGUGAAUGCGCCGGGUAGCCGGCAACAGCAACAGCAACAGCAACAGCAGGAGGCGAGAACAACGGGGACGUCGCCCACAAAAAAGACGGCGUCCAAGUAAGGAUGCCGAAGCGAUUGUAAACUUACGUUUAGUUGUAGCAAUGAGAAAUUCAAUUAUAAUUUAGAUGAAAUUUAGUGCAAAGCAAAGGCAAAGCAUCAGCAGGAAGAGCGAUAAUGAUGAUGAUGAUGACGGGGAGAAUAUAAAGAUAAAGAUAAUGAUGUCUCUAGUGCUAAUUAGAACCCAAUUUCUGUUUCCGUUUCUGUUUCUGUUUAUCGUUUGUCGAUCGUCGAUCGUUGAUCGUUUUGAUUGUGCUUAGGGCAGAGAAUACUAAUAUAAAUAACUAAAGCUAAAACUAAAUCUAAAGUUAAACCUAAAGCUAAAUCUAAAGUAAUCUAAUGUUAAGUAAAUUCAAUUCGAUUCGAAGCUUAAAUUAAAUAUUUAUAUACAAUAUAUAGCAUAUAUAUUCUGUCCCAUGCCGCUCACCCUCCUCCGACGACCCACAACGCAACAGCAACCGCAACCGCAACCGCAACACAGUCUGCCCCCUUCCCCUAAGAUUUGCCUAGAAUUUAGUAUACCUUGUAAUAAUUUUUUAGUGCGUAGUUAGUCACAAUUUAAAUGAAUUACCGAACUAGCAUCAGAUUGAGAUAUAGAUCGAAAUCCCUGGGGUUGGGGCUGAAGACAAGUGGAGAAGUGGAGAGGGCGAGCAGGCAAGCGGUCAAAUUUGAUACAAGAAAAAGAUGCAAGCAGAUGAAAAGCUGUAAUUGAAUUUUCGUGGAAAAAUGUACUAGGAAAAUGUAAAUGUGUGUCGAAACUGUAAUAUAGUAAUAUUUAUAUCUCCAUAUGUAUAUGUACGCGUAUCUGAAGAGUUCGUUGAUUUAUUUGUACAUUUUUGUAUAGAAUCGUAACUAUUGUAAACCACACACACUAUACCACUAUAUAUAUGGGAAAUCCAACAACAACAAAACACACAAACACACACAUCAGAAGGCCCGCAAACCCGCUAAAACAGAGAGGAUUAGUGGCCAGUGCCGCCCAGACACACUACAGUGGGGCGCACUAAUGCUACACUUUCUUGUUAAAUUAUAUUAUAUAUAUAAAUAUAAAUAUAAAUAUACAUGUGUAUAAUCCUAUGCUAAUUAUCAUUAUUUAUUAUUGUCAUUAUUAUGCCUACUUGUUUAAACAUUUUGUAACAUUUUUCGUUUGUUUUCUCCACUCUGGAUUUUUUUGUACAAUUAUGAUUUUCUGUAAUUGCUUAUUUGCCCUAUAAAGAAACGUAUAAGACUUGAGCAACAACCUCUAUUUAAAAAAAAAAACAAAAGAAAGAAAAAAAAACGAUGAAAAUAUGUGAGAAGAAGAAAAAAACUACAAAAAAAGCUGAAAAAUCCACACAAAACAUGAACACAAAAAAAAAACAAUAUAUAGACAAGAAUCUAUAUGUGAAGCAACAAAAUAUAUAUAUUUAUACAUAAACAUAUGUAUAUAUCAUACAUUUAUGAUUUACAUAAAUUGUAACGCAACAAAUUUAGUGGAAAUUACAUUUGGCUUUGAUUUUUUUUGUGCUUUUGAAACAAAAAAAUGUUUGAAAGUAACAUUUGAUUAUGAUUUUCGAGAAUUCAUAUUUUGUUGUACGAACACCACAAGGUUUUUCUGUUCUUGUUUUUGGUUGGAGGAUUAAGGAGAUAGAAGCGGAAAUUAGCUUGAAAAGUUUAAGAGAAAACAAAAAACUAUGCAAAACAGGUAUAAAAAUUGAAUUUUAAAUUAAAUUAAAACUAAACGAAACGAAACGAUUGGAAAAGCAGAGAAGCCAGAGGUGGAUUGUAGCGACCCCUAAAAGAUAGAUGUACUAUGAUGUAAAACGUAUAAUGUAUGAUGUAUCUGUGUAAGAUGACCCUAAAUGGAUGUUCUUUUUGUUUCGAAGAAGAUAAAGAGAGAGAAAAGUUUCUAAAACUCGCGCGUAUUAGUUCAAUUUUUGUAAGAGUCUAAGUUACGCCCACUACUAUUACUAGACCACGCCCCCCUCACAAACAAAAACCACAACCAUACACACAGCCACACAC